UCUCUUCAACUUUCUCAAAUUCCAUUUUCUACCCAAAAAGAGAAAAAGAAAAAAAACCACCUGCAACUCCCCUUUUCUUCUAUUGAUUUUGAUCCCCAUGUAGCAAUUUCAAUCCUCUACAUCUAAUUUCUCCAAAGGGUGGAUGAUUUGGAAAAUGCUUUUUCUUUGUUUUUUCUGGACAUUUGGAUGAAGAUCCUGUGAUUUUCCUUUAAUUUUCCACUGUGUUUUGGUUUCUGUGAGAUGGGUCCUUCUCCGUUUGCCCAAUUGAAGCCUUGAAAAACCUCUUCUGGGUUUUGUGUUUUGGUGGAAAUGAAGGACUUCCCAGGAACUCCUGGGACUUUUACUGGGCUUUUCCUUCGGGUUUUGCAGUUUUCGUUCGCAGCAGCUUCAAUCGGUUCCAUGGCAACGGCGAACCGCUUUGCCAAUUACACAGCCUUCUGCUAUCUUAUAGCCUCUAUGGGCUUGCAAGUUGUUUGGUGCCUGGGGCUUGCAUGCUUGGAUGCAUAUGCAUUGGCGAGAAAGAAGAUCCUCCGCAAUCCUAUCUUGAUCAGCCUCUUUGUCAUGGGAGAUUGGAUUACAGCAACACUGUCACUUGCAGCGGCCUGCGCGUCUGCAGGGAUAGUGGUCUUAUAUGACAGAGAUUUGGGAUAUUGUAAUUUGUUGGAGUGCCAAAAUUUCCAGAUUUCAGUCUUCCUUGCCUUCAUGAGUUGGGCGUUGAUUGAAAUAUCAUCUCUCAUCAUGUUUUGGAUUCUUGCCUCAGUUUAGACCAUUUUUGCUUGUUUGUACGUAUGAGUUUAUUUGCAAUUGUUGUAAUUGGUUGAUGUAUGAGUUUACGUGCAAUUGUUCUAAUUGGUUGCUAAUGGACGACAGUGAGAAAUGUAACAAAAAAAAAAAACAUACUUGAAUAGAGGAUCAGGUCAUGAGUUUUGAGA